UCCCGAGAAGGGCUAGGCAGUGACCCGGACAACUGUUAAAGGGGCAAUGUCCCCAGGACUGCGGGGCCCACUGGGCGGAGACGGGGUAACCGAGCUGCGGACACGGGAGGGCGAGCAGGACGCAGGCACUCAGGAGGGUGGUCAGCGCCCAGAGAGCCGGGAAAAGUGGAGGCCGACCCCGCGCCCGGCGUAUAGUUCUAGAACUCGCCGCGCAGCUGCUGCAGCACCAAUGAGGAGACUCAGUCCAGCCACCCAGCCCAGUCCAGUCAUGCAAGCGCAGGAAGAUGGAGACAACCUUAUCCCUUUUGUCACGUGUUCCAGUGUGGUCAGCCGAUCUCCACCACCCAGCUUGCCUUCCCGGAGCCUCAGACUGACGACCCAGUGCUAUGGAGACACCUUCUGGGAGAACCUGAGUCAAAGGCCCAGCCCCACCUGGAUGGAGGAGCAGUACAUCCCACCCCUGCUGAGAGCCGCUGGUUGCUCCCAGCCUGGCCUGUACCCCCCUGGGGGGCUCCCACCCCCUGAGGUGCUCUGCAGAAGAAAGAGAAGGAGGCCACAUUUGGCGGGAAUGCAGCAGGGAUCUGGGGGCAUCCCAGCCCGGGUAAGGGCUGUCACUUAUCACCUGGAGGAUCUAAGGAGGCGACAGAGAAUCAUCAAUGAACUGAAGAAGGCCCAGUGGGGCAGCUCUAGGGCUGCGCCUGAGCCCCUGGUGCUUGACGACGACGGCUGUGGACUCCCCAACACCACCGAACACCCUGGUGUGGAAGAGGAGAGGGCAAACUCUCCACGCGAAGAGGAGCACUUCCUCGCUCCUGGCAGGGCCCAGCUGCUUUGGUCUCCCUGGAGUCCCCUGGGCCAGGAGGGGUCUUGUCUCUCCGGGCGGCCGAGCUCUCUGGCCUCCUUCAGCACUGUCACAGUCAGUAGGGACCCCCUUUACAAUCCCUGGGGGGUGGAGUGGCAGUCUGAGGAGUAAGGAGAAACCGCCCACGCCCAAGGUGCUAACGUGCUCCAGGGCCCACGACUAGCUCUGGGCGCUGGAAUCUCCAGCAUUUCUGACAUCAAGGCAUUCCCCCUUUCCCUGACCUUUCUCACUUUCCUCUCCCAUCCUCUGAACUAGGCACGAAGGGGGCUCCCUUGGCCUCCCAUCUCUACCCGCCCGUCUCACAGGAGCUCCCCAAGGCCUGUCGUCCCGCAGGCCGGCUCCCUGCCACUGUGUUCUCUUCUUGUUCUGUUAUUAAAAAGCAAGCAAGUUGAGUCCGGAGUUGUCUUUCUCUCCGCGAAGUAGUGAUGGAGAGGCUCGUGGGGC